GCCGAGCCCAGCCGCCCCAUGAAGCCGCCCGCGGCGCAGGGCAGCCCCGCGGCCGCCGCCGCCGCAGCCCCCGCCUUGGACUCGGCGGCCGCCGCGGACCUGAAGGACGCGCUGUGCGAGUUUGACGCGGUGCUGGCCGACUUCACGUCGCCCUUCCACGAGCGCCACUUCCACUACGAGGAGCACCUGGAGCGCAUGAAGCGGCGUAGCAGCGCCAGCGUCAGCGACAGCAGCGGCUUCAGCGACUCCGAGAGUGCAGAUUCACUUUACAGGAACAGCUACAGCUUCAGCUUCAGUGAUGAAAAACUGAAUUCUCCAACAGACUCUACCCCAGCCCUGUUGUCUCCCACUGUUACUCCUCGGAAAGCCAAAUUAGGAGACACAAAAGAACUAGAAGACUUUAUUGCUGAUCUUGACAGAACAUUAGCAAGUAUGUGAAGCAAGGAGGAGUUAGGGGUCCUUUCAGCAUAAGGGAGAAGCUUCAGAAAGCUCUGAGGACCUGGUAAAAUCAGCGACUAGAAUCUUCUGCCAGAGGAGACAGAGAUGAGUGUUCACCUCCGACCAGGCCAUCCUUGGGCUCACCUUAAAAUCCGUCGUUGGGCCCAUCUCUGAGCAAUUUAGACAGUGAAGCUGACUUUGUUUACCUGCUUGCAGCGUAUUAGAACGACGAUCCAUGCUAAUGUAUUUUCUCUUAAAACACAGCUUUCCUGUAAUUUAAAGUGCUUUUAUGAAAGUAUUUGUAAUUAAUUAUAUAUAGUUGGAAAUAGUAAUAUGCUUUUCCCAUUAUAAUAUAUUUUUGUAUACAAAUAAAAAUUGAACUGGAGUCUGUA